AUGCAGAAUUAUUCUCAAAAAAAGCUCAAAGAAGCCAGAGAUUUCAUUGACGAUUUGCAACGUCAGAAUGGCGGAAUCAAAAAAGAGUAUGAAGAAAUUCUGGAGCGUGACUUUCCUGAAGUUUUGGAGACAAUCAGGAACAUGCGAAGAAAGCUCGGGGUCUCGACUCAAAUUUUGACUGAACAGCUCUAUCAAAAGUCUACUCGCUUUAUCUACGAGAUCAUCCAAAAUGCGGAAGACAACAGAUACACAAUCUCAAACAAGUUGCCCUUCUUGUCUUUCACUCUCCACUCGGACCGCCUCAUUAUAGACUCCAACGAAGAUGGCUUUACCCCGAAGGACAUCGAAGCUAUAUGUUCCAUUGGCGAGAGUACUAAAGCAUCCGUCCAAGGCUAUAUUGGAGAAAAGGGCAUCGGCUUCAAAUCUGUCUUCAACGUUGCUCAUAAAGUCCAUAUCCAGUCCGGGCCUUAUUCCUUUGCAUUUGAAUAUUUCAAGGAGAAUUCCAAGGAAGAUUCCAAGGAGGAUUCUAAAGAUUGUGGACUUGGAAUGGUUACACCGAUGAAUGAGACCCCACAUGAGCUUCCCGAUGAUGUUCGAACAAGGAUGGUCUUAUAUCUCCAUGUGAAUAAAGAUCGAGAGGCAUUAUGUCAAGAUUUGCUAAAUUUGCCAGACACACUACUACUGUUUCUCAAAAAGCUACGGCAACUGACUGUCAAAUUUGAACUUCUUGAUAGGGAUGUUCACAAAGUCCAAUUCUCUCUGACGCGUCCAAAAAACAAUGGUCUCUCUGAGAAUAUAGUUCAGACUAAAACCGCAAUCACGGGUACAAUCAACUCUGUCAAAUAUAAGAGCUUCUGGGUCAAGAAGCGCCACGUCAUCAAUCUCCCUGCUGAUUCCGCUCGUGCCGAAAUCCGUGAAGCUGAAGUCAUUCUAGCCUUUCCUAUUGAUGAAGAUCAUGUACCAGUCAUUGAAGAACAAUAUGCUUUUGCGUUCCUUCCCUUGAAAAAGACCGGGUACAAGUUUCUCAUACAAUCAGAUUUUAUUACCAAAGCCAGCCGAGAAGAUAUUGUGGAUUCUGUGUGGAAUAGGCAAUUACUCGAGGAAGUGGUCGCAACAUUCAACAGUGCAAUCAAUGAUCCCAAUGGGUUUCUUGAGCACGACACACUUCGAUACAGCUGGAUCAGAUAUAUUCCCACAACAGCUAUUACAGAUGAAUUCUGGGGACUCCUGCAACCCAGCUUGUUUGGCAAACUUUGCACCAGUAAAUUCUUCUUUUCUCUGGAUGGAUAUCGCUGGGCACCUCAUCGUUUGCGGGUUUUGCAGAACACCUUUCGAGACGAACAUCGCAAUCCUCUACUGGCAGAUAGUAUUGUAGGCACAUCUGUGUACGUCUCGGAGUCUUACGAUGCUUCUGAUAUUCCUAUUUUGGAAAAGAUGAAAGCAAAGCAUCUAGAUACCGGGGAUUUUUUGCAAAGACUAGAGGAAGAUCUUGUUCGAACUCAUGAUUCUCGAAUGAAAACUACGCCUCUGAGCAGCCCUUGGCAUACGAAAAUGGCAAAUCUUCUCAUUACUAUGGGUCAGGAUGAUAGCAAUAAAAUGAAGAUACAAAAACUGAACAUCAUACCGCUUGACAGUGGGGUGUGGGCUCGUCCACUGAAUGCGAGUAUAUUUUUCCCAACUUCGGGUGGUGUUGACAUACCGAAGGCUCUACCUCUGAACUUGGUCGACGGAGAAGCACUUGGAAAUCCGAGCAGGAAAAAGCUCUUUUCGCAACUUGGGAUAGCUGAGUGUUCACCAGAACGCAUAUUUCCUCUCAUUGAGCAACGAUAUAAACUCUCCAAUCGGAAGACUGAUUCUGUUUCCGAUAUCAAAUUCCUUUUCUGGCAUCAUGAAAAGCUCCCAGCUAAUUGUUCAAUAUUCAUGUGGUUAUGGAAUGGGGAAUGCGUUUUACCACGUAAUAUUAAUGACGGCGACUGGAUUUAUUGUAGGGAAUCCAAUCAUGCAUACGCAACGAUCAAAAUUAUUGGUGAAUCUAUACCAAUCGAGAUAAAAAAUGGCAGCCAUGUCAGAUAUCCAGAGAAGAGUUACUACAGCGCUCUCGAAGCUUGUGGCAUUCGAAAUGGGCACACUGGAAUUGAGUGGCUUCGGUCUCUUGGGAUUAAAGAGACGCCGCAACUACGGCGUAGAGAGAAUUCUUCAGAUCCAAAACUUUCGAUAGAAUUCAAGCACAUUUUAAAAAAUCUUCCGAAACAUAUGCUUGGCACGUUGCAAGCAGAUUGGAUGCAGUACAAUGAGACGGAAAAAUGGGAUAAUUUCUUCAAGCAAAGGAAGGUUCCCAUCCUUGCCUCAUCGGCGAUGAUGAGUUUAAAGGACACAUAUCUACCAGUAUCAAAGCUCAAAGGUAUCGUUACAAGUCUGGGACUAGAAGAAGGAUUCGGCUUUUUGGAGGAGUUGGAUGGUAUCUCUGAAAUUGAGGUUUUCAAAUGGAGCUUUCUCAAGCGAUUCGGAGUUGGGGUGGAUGAAGAUGUUUCAUUUUGGCUGAGGUUACUAAAGCAAGCUAGACAGAAAGAUUCAAUCAACCCCAGCAUUGUCUUCAGAAUAUACUCAAGGUUACAAACCUACAUUGAUGAGUCAGACAUUAUAAGAAUCAAGGAAACCUUUGAAGAGAAAAUGAUCUUUGUUCCCAGAUCCAAUUCUACCACGGAUGACUGGGAGUGGAAUAAUGAUGAUGAAUGUGUAUGGAGUGGCCCUGAGUGGUUUGAACACAAGCCUCGUCUUCAAGCCAUCAAAGAAUAUCAGAUACUACAAGCGCUGUUUGUAAAUACUGUUGAGAUUCCCGAUGCCACGUUGAAUGACUUCCUAGAAUAUCUGGAUUGUAUUAAACUUCUUGACCAGAACGAAUCCGAGGGCAACUUCAACGAACAGAAGUACAAAAUCAUCUUGCUGUAUGAUAAGCUCAACGAAUUAACGGAAGAUGGUAGCAGCUUAGAAGAAGUGGAAACAGUAAGAUCGUGUAUCGAGGAAAGCAGCCUUCUUUACUACCCUCCAAACAAGUUAUGGUAUGCCCCAUCAUCGUGCGUCUGGGCCACAGAAGAUAUCCAGCUCCCAGAGAAGAUUUCUAUCGCCACCGAAUACAAGAAUCAACGGACAUUCUUUAGAAAUGUGUUGGGUGUUGCGAAGCCAAAUCUAGAAAUGCACAUUAUUGCGCUCCAGAAACGCGCUCUUGAGAACCCAGAUAAGGAGGGCAUUCUGCGCGAGCUAAGAAACAUAUGCGCACUCAAUCCGACUGUGGCAUUACGAGAUAAACUUUCCAAAUGCAAGUGUUUCCCAGUAUAUCGACCAUCACAGGAGGUUGAAUGGUUGGACAGCACUGAUAGCUUUGCAAUUGUUGAUCGUAAAGAGCACGGUGAUGUUUUUAGGAACAAGAUCAAUGUGCUUGACUUUUCAUUAGAAGAAGUCCAUUCUGUAAAUCAAUUUCUUGUUGAGCUCGGGCUUGAAGGAAGAUUCACAUCGAGGGCUGUGAAAGAGGACACAAAGAUCGAAGAUGGUCUGUUAAGCGAUGCGCUGACAAACGAUUUGAGAAGAAAAGCAUAUGCCAUCUGUCGGUAUGCCGCUCAUUAUGGGAGUAACAAUUCUAGAUCUGCCUAUGAUUUACUGCAGGCUCUUGAGGUCUUCACAAGCGAGAGCAUCACUAAGGAGGUUUCUAUCACCCAGAACAAGAAGAUCAUAUCGGUAAAAGUGCAUACAGCGUUCUUACAUAUUGUGCAAGAUAACAACCAACUUAAACUUUACGUUCCUAAGGAGCAGCGACAGAGGGAAGUCUGCUUGUCGCGCCAGCUACCCAUUGAAUUGCUCAAGCACCUUGGAGUACAUAACUUCCGCAAGGGAGCUGAGCUCGGCUCUGUCAUCAGAGCUACUAGUUCUUUUGCUAUAGAUGCAAUUCUUGAUUCAGAUGGAAUCAUUGAUGUACCCGGAAUCUUCCCCCCAGAUGAUUAUAGCGAAAGCGAGCCACCAGCGUUUGACGCCUCUCAGGAUAUUUCCAGCCCAGCCAUCACUACUGAUGUAGAAAGCAGAGUAACAUUGCUCGAGCCCCACUACCGUGACGAGCCUCCUACCGAGCGUCAUUACGUUCGAGCCCAAUUAAUUGAUAAUUCCCUUCGGACGCUGACUACGCCCGGCACAUAUCCGCCUGAAAUACCCCCUGAGCGACCCGACCUUUUCAAAGAACUUCUAGACGCAGUCAUCAAGCAAGCACGUAGCGUGCACGGUAUACCAGCGGUUGACGAUGUCCUGAUAGCUGCCCUCUCUACUAACGCUCGUUCCGACACUAGCCUAGCUGUUGGCUCAAAUGUGGCUGGAGAAAGCUUGUUUAGAAUUGGCGUAGCUGGAGAGUUGUUUAUGUUUGAAAUAAUGAAGAGCCUUGGCCUGCCCCUUUUCGAUCUGGGAAAUUGGAGAAGCACGAUUCGACAUCGAGUGACUAUCCACAAUGAAUACAAAGAUAUGCCUCGCUGGAGUGGCUCCGAAACAUCAGAUAUCGUAUAUGAAGACCAUGACAAAAUGUUGACUUCAUUACUUAUCACAAACAACUACUUUAACACUGAGGAACUCGGAAGACUGAGGUUUGCAAGUUCUUCUACAUAUUAUAUCGAAGUCAAAACAACACCUGGGCCACUUGAUAAUGCAUUCUAUUGUAGCCAAGGCCAAUUCGACAGGAUGGAAAGUAUGAAGCUACAAUCCGAUCAACUAGUGAACGAAGUUUACUUGGUUGCUAGGGUUUUCAAUCUUGGAGCUUCAGGUAUGGGUUACAAAUUGUAUGUGGAUCCUGCUGGAUUGCGGAGGAAAGGACAGCUUAAGUUUACGGCGGAUAAAUAUAUUGUGACAUCGUAA